GUACUCAGUUUAGAACGGGAGGCCGGGAAUCACGGUCAUGUAGGCAGGCUUUCGGAAUAAUACAUAUCAUAGGCCGUGCCUGUCAGUUAGAAGCCCGAGCGGCGCUGCUUAUCAGAGCCGCCCACUGCUGUGAUAGAUGGACAGCUGACAGCCGGGAGGAUGGAUCCAGACUAUGCAGCAUUUGAGAGCUCUCUGUACAGUGAAUUCAAAGACUUCUACAAGAAAAUCAGAGACGCUUACAAGGAGCUAAAGGAGGAUCUUACUCCAUACAGAGAUGACCGCUUCUACAGGCUGGCUCCCAUGCGCUUAUACACGCUCUCAAAGCGUUAUUUUGUACUGGUCUUUGUUGUAUUUUUCCUGUGCUUUGGAUUAACCCUUUUCAUUGGAAUAGCAGGACCAAAUGUUAUAGAAGCCAAACAAUAUCGAUCUGAAGCAUCAAAUUCAUCUAAGGUGGGCCAGUACACCUUACAAUCUCCAGUCAUGUCAACUUACAACCAGCAGCUAUGGCUAAUGUGUAGGAUUGAAUUUAGCAAAACAGAUGACUCCAGCUUCCAGAACAAUUUUACAAUAUCUGUGAAAAUACAUGGUGUGUCUUCUGAUGCAACAGUAUCCUAUGUAGAUAACAAGGAGCACUCCCGGCCAAGGACACUUAGUUGUGCACAGAAAUGUGACGAAAUUAUAAUAGUCCAUCUUGGAUAUUUGAACUAUACCCAGUAUAAUCUUGAUGUCCGCUUUGAUGAUCUUAACAAGCUUAGAUACACCAUUACAUCUGUCACAUUUACAUGGAAGACCUACAACCCAACAUUUUCUCAAGUUGAAAUCUGGUUCCGUUUUGUGUUUGUUGUGCUCACUUUCAUGGUGACUUGUUUAUUUACACAUUCACUUCGUAAAUUUUCCAUGAGAGACUGGGGUAUAGAACAAAAAUGGAUGUCGAUCCUCUUACCUCUGCUUCUCCUCUAUAAUGAUCCAUUCUUCCCUCUCACAUUCCUGGUUAAUAGCUGGUUCCCUGGUAUGCUGGAUGACCUCUUUCAAUCACUCUUUCUUUGUGCUUUGUUGCUCUUUUGGCUUUGUGUCUACCAUGGCAUUCGGGUGCAGGGUGAGAGGAAGUGCACAACAUUUUAUUUGCCCAAAUUCCUUAUAGUUGGACUGCUUUGGCUUGCCUCUGUGACACUAGGAAUAUGGCAGACUGUUAAUGAGUUACAUGACCCAACUUACCAAUACAGAGUAGAUACUGGCAAUUUCCAGGGCAUGAAAUUUUUUUUUCUAAUAGUGGCGACUUUGUACAUCCUGUAUCUCUUGUUUCUGGUUAUACGAGCAUGCACUGAAUUGCGAAACAUGCCAUAUGUUGAUCUGCGGUUAAAGUUUCUUACAGCAUUGACUUUUCUAGUGCUUGUUAUCAGCAUUGUUAUCCUGUAUUUAAGAUUCGGCUCAAAAGUAUUACAAGAUAAUUUUGUCGCUGAGCUGUCUACACAUUAUCAAAAUUCAGCUGAGUUUUUAUCAUUUUAUGGCCUAUUGAACUUCUAUCUUUACACUUUAGCCUUUGUAUACUCUCCAUCAAAAAAUGCUCUUUAUGAGUCUCAGUUGAAGGAUAACCCUGCCUUCUCAAUGCUUAAUGAUUCUGAUGAUGACGUCAUAUAUGGGAGUGACUAUGAAGAGAUGCCCCUUCAAAAUGGACAAGCCAUCAGAGCCAAAUAUAAAGAUAAAGAGGAGUCUGACAGUGACUGAGAUAACUCCAUUGGGAUGGGUGCCUUGAAGAACAGGGGGACUAUUCUGCUUUCACUACACCUCUGUUACCUUGGAAUGCUGCUCUUUCCACAGUUGAUUUUUAUUUUUUGUUAUUUCUUUAAUUGUGCAAAAAUUAAACUUUGCAAGACAGGGAUACAGGGAAUAUUGGAAAUGGCCAGCUCUCGGUCCUUUACCUGAAGCCACAAAGUUGCAUCUAACACUCCUUGUUAAGAAGUGCACCACUGGCCUUGAUUUUUAUUAUUAUUUUUUUUGCUCCUCAGCUUUCCCAUUCCUGAAGUUUCAGAAUUCUUGUCAUUAAUUGCUACUUAGAAAACGUGAAUAUGUGGUUGGUAUUCUUUAUCACUCACAUUAUUUUCUGAAUGGUGGUUGCCUAUGUUGGUUUGAAGCUUAUCUGUAUCUUAUUUGUUUUGUUAAAGGAAUUGUCAAGAAUUAGAAGAACAUGGCUGCUUUCUUCCAAAAAUAGCACCACACAUGUCCAUGGGUUGUGUGUGAUAACAUGGCUCGGCCCUGUUUAUUUCAAUGGAACUUAGAUGCAAUACUGGAUUCAACCCAUGGACAUGUGUGGUUCUAUGUCUUGAAGAAAUAAACCAUGUUUUUUUUUAAACCUGCACAACCCCUUUAAGGAUUUAUGAAGGAAAGACAUCCUUUAGACAUUUAAAUGUAGCACACUAUUUUAAAAGAGAAGCUUACUGAUGUCGCACCUUACAGACAGUCGGAGUGAACAGGAUCCAGAAUAUAGACUGUCAUAAAAUGACCUAUGGUCUGUAAGAUAACUGAACUUCCACCAUAAUGCAAUUUAUUUUAAUGAUAAAAUAGUUAAGAAUUUUAAAGAGCAUCUGUCUGCAGGAUCAACCUGAUUAUACCAGGCAUACUGCCUCAUUUGAGACCGUUGACAGUUUCUCUUUAAUGUGGUUUUCCAGCAUAGAAAAAUUAUGUUCUAAAAACUGAGGGGUUAUGAAAAAAAAGUGACACAUUUCACAUACUCCCGGCCUCGCCCUUCUUGCUUAUGCCCAGUCCCACCCACAACACUCUCUGCUUCUUAGGUCAAUGAUGACAAUUCCAACUCUGGCAAGAGUGCAAGGCAGCCAAUCACCUGCUGCAGUGGUCACAUCGUUCUGUGUCGGAAUGUCAUCACUGGACCAGGAAGCAGUGAACAUUGAGGGAUAACGGAGUGACUGGGAGUAUGUGAAAUAUGUUGAGAGUUGUCUCUUCUCCCUGCUGAAAACUUCCUAAAUAGAAAGUCUAUGACACCGUCUUUAGUCAAGUCUUUAGCAGCGAGGAGAGACAGCUUUUGUCUGAUUGCUUUUCACUCCUCAAUAUAGAGAUCAGCAUGGAUCUCGGCACUCGGACCCCCCUGUCAAAACCUUUGAUAUGGCACUAUGACAUAUAAAAACUUUUUAUAAAGUGCAGUGACUUUAGGCAGAGCGCUAAUGUUUUCUAAGCUGAUGCUUCUGCGGUGGAGCAGCAGUAAAUCGAUUUGCAGUAACUACUAUAAUAAUAAAAUAUCAGGCAUUUUCCAGCCUGGCAUCUAUGUGUUCAUUUUCCCGAUAUAAUGGUUUUAUCAUCAGUCUGCAAGAAAUCUCUUAUUCUAAGUUUACAUGUUUGUUGAGGAUGGUUCUUUUUUUUUUUAAACUCGUUUUAUUGAAGUUUAACAAGAAAGGCAUGUUACAUCAAAAUGAAUGAAUGAGGGGUAAAUCCCACGCAGGGGAUACAACACUAGCACAAUACUAUGUGAUAGUCUUGCAAUAGGUCCGGCAGAAAGAGAAAGGACUUCCAUCUUAGACAGCGUCAGGAAGCAACAUGAGUGAUGAAACAUUAGCUCAGGGCUCACGAUCCACAUAAUAUCAUACAUCAGCCACCGAGUACAUGCAUGCAUUAUGCAAAGGAUGCACACCAUUCGCCCCACACCUUGUCAAACUUUUGUGGGCACUUCCUAUGAAUAAAGACAACCUUUUCCAUGCUAAAGAUGGUUCUUUUUAAUUGUAAAUACAGUGUCACUACAUAUCAUUCUAUAUGUCAUAUAGGGUUAAUGACAAAGCAUUGUCACUAGAUGAUUACAUAAAUGGUUCCCUGUACAUACACUGCUUUAGAAUGUUAUUUUGGGAAUACUGUAUGUAGAUUGCCAGGGCAACCUGCAACCAAUCUUCUGAUCUGUAUGAUAUACAUUAGUAACAAUUACUUUUUGUAAUUAUAUAAAGGUGUUUAUGUUCUUUUUAACGGUUAUUAAAAUUGAUGAUUCUUAACACUA